ACACACACUAACAUAGACAUGCACACUUGAUCUUUAAAGCAUAAGUGAAGGAAGACAGCGAGGAACAUGGUUGGGACUACAGCACUGCAUAACGACAUUAAGACAGUUCACGUUAUCCUAAGGAAUGAGUCGCCGUUCCCGUCCCUCAGGUGUGCGUCUGCACCUCCACUGUGAGAGCUGCUUCAGCCGGCGCUGCAGGGCUCCUGUGGAGGUCUCUGUGUCCUGUCUGAUCAUCCCCUGCCGCCUGCUGUGUGGAGCUCUCUUCCACCUGUGCAAAGAGGAGGAGCACUCGCUGCUCUGCCCCAAUGAGAGGGCCCCCUGUCUCAACGCAGCCUACGGCUGUCCAAUCGUCAUGCCCCGUUCCUGGUUGGCCGCCCAUCUGCAGGUGUGCCCGGCCAGCGUGGUGUGCUGCUCCAUGGAGUGGCUCCGCUGGCCAACCGACGACACAGACAUCCGCACACCCAACGUGCUGCAUGAGAACCUGCUGAAGGAGGAAGGUAGUGCGCGGGACCUGGACCUGGCCACGGCCCUGGAUGACCAGGAACGGCUGUACAGCCGUUUGAAAAUGAAGAAUGUGUACCCAGAGCUGAUGGAGAAGGAAGAGGAGGAGGAGGAGAAGGAGGAGGAGAAGGAGAAGGGAGCUACUGGAGGCCUCACUAACGGAAAGCCCACACAGGGUGAUGACGGAGGUCCCCUGUCGCCUCUGUUGGAGAGGAGUGAUGAAGAAGAGAGAGAGGAAAAGGAACCAAAGUUGGAGCAAAAAAAAGAGCUCAGCACCGACAAAUACAACAUGAUGGAGAGGAUGUUCAGCAUGGAGAGGGGGGGCUGUGCAGUCGCCUCCAGACAGGAACCUAAAUCAGGGGAGGGGAAGGAGGGGGGGAGGGGGUCCAAGGACAAGGACUCAAAAGGGGAGGAGAAAAUGGAAGCAAAUGGGGAAGUGAGAGGGGAAAAGGCAGGGGGAAGCAACGCGACGGGGCUGGCGCCGUGGGAUGAAGGGGUGAUGGAGCGUCUGGGACAGGAACUCAGCCCGCAGGAGUUCAACAUGUACAUGGUUCACAACGGACGCAUGCUGCUCACCUUCGGCCAGAUCGAGGCGUGCACGCCCCGGGAUAGAGACUUCGUCUACGGAAGCCUGGAGCCUAUCCCGGUCCAGACCCUGCAUUCCUUUAAGAUUCCAGACAGUUAUCACUAUAAGCCACGGACCCAACUGUAUGAAACAAUGGUGAAACACGAGACCAAGGAGGCCGGCGUGGACACGGCAGACCUGGGUGGCGACGAGGAGACCUGGAAUAGAGACGAGGCCGCCAUAACCUUACUGGGCUACGCCGAGAUAGAGGUCAUGGGUCACAAGAUCAGUGAAGGUGUAGGGACAUAUGGACUGUACGUAGAUGUGGGCACCCAGACGCACUCGUUCCCCACGGCGCCGUUCGAGCGAGACACGGUGCUGGCGGACGUCAUGGUUGGCCGUCCCCUGAAGCUGCGCCUGCAGCUGCAGGUGGAGGGCGUGACUAGCCGCCACAACAAGGCCAGCUCCGCCUUCACCUUCCUCUGUGGACACUCAUUCCUACGCAGAGAGUUCCCCGCGCACUUCAGGAACGUUCACGCAGACAUCCAGAUGUGUCUGAGUGGCUGGUUUGAGCAGAGGUGUCCCCUGGCCUACCUGGGCUGCACCUACAGCCAGAGGAGGUUCCAGCCCUCCACACACAGGGCCACCGUCACCUACAACCAGGAGCUGAGCAUCUUCAACCUGCGUCCCACUGUUCCUGACACGCUGGCGGGGGCAUCACAGCCCCCCCAAGACCCAGCAAAGCCCCCCAGGAGGAGGGCGGUCAGGGGGGGAGUGGGGCUGGACUCUCUGAGCACCCUGCCCUACGAGGUGCUGUGUCACAUAGCCAGCUUCCUGGACAGCCUGUCUCUGUCCCAGCUGGCCCUGGUCUCCCGGUUCAUGAGGGAGGUGUGCUCCUCUCAGCUGCAGGGGAGGGGGAUGAUCACCCUCCGCUGGGAGAAGAAGACCUACUCACAUGGAGGGGCCACGUGGAGGCCUAAAACGGUUUGGGAGUUCAGCCACCUGUUCUCCUCUGUGAAGUCAUGGCAUUUUGCGAAUGUCCCCUCCAUCACUGCUCAUCUUAAAGUGUGUCCCUACUACCAUACCGCCCCCCCUCGAGAGCCUGUGGCCCUGCCCAGCAUGAGUGAGUCCCAGGGGGGCAGCCAAGAGAGAGAGAGCCUAGUCACUCACUUCAUGUUAAACCGGUAACUAAGAAACAAAGGGAAAAAAGACUCUAUGUGCUUCUGUUCUAAGCUGUGUGAAUUUAUCAACUGACUUUUUGUUCUUUGAGUCUUUAAUCAAUACUUGGAGCGUAGCACUGGUGAGGGCUGCUAUACCAAGAGUGUUGGCUGUCAGCGCUGGCUGCUACCCACUGCUAUCAGUGCCAAACUCAACAGAUUAUGGAGGAGUAUGUGGUACUGGCUGUAUGUAACAAACAACAUCUGCUCUUCUGUGCCAGGGAUUAUGGUGUGUUCACUGUUCAGAACAUGUAUUCUUUUCUCUGAAUAAGGCUUUUGCUUGGUCUUUCAAAACAAUGUAUGUGUUGAAAUAAAACAAGUCUUUAAUUAA